UUUGGCUGUGGCGGUGGGGGCGGGGAGAGAAGAGGCGGAGCGGGGCUUAACCUCCCUGAAGGGGGGCUCCACCCGCCGCCCAUGACCAGACCCUUGUGCUGGAAGCAGGAUCCUCAGUGGUAUCUGGAGAGGACUCUGGUGUCUGGGGUGAUUUCUCUGGGAGCCGACGGUGGGGGGGGGGUCUCUUCUGGAGACCUCAGAAGCUGGAACCCUCAGAACCCUCAAGUCUGGAACCCUCAGAAGCUUCCUGGGCUUCCGUGGUGACGAGCGAAGACCAAAGAUGCUGCCGGAGUACCUGGCUGACGCCAGUGCGGAUGGGGGAAGCGAACCUGCAGGUCUUGGGAGCACCCCAUAAGCAGCACAUUACAUCUGUCCUCCAGCUGCCUGGCACUACUCUUGUGGAGGCCGUGUUCUUGGCAGGAUGCAGGGGCCCCCCAAGACAGCAGAGGCAGCUGGCUUGCCUGUCUCUGAAAGGGAAAGACCCGUGGCAGUCCUGGCCGGGUUUGAAGGCCCGGGCCUUGGGCAAGACUUGCAGGCAAAGACCUAGCUGGGGUCAACAAAGAACGGUGGUGAGAGGUGCCGAAAGCACAAAUGUGCGCCAGAGGGAGAACCCCCCCAAGAAUACGAAAAUAAACAUAGAAACAGAGGUACAUGAAGUGAACCCAAAGAGAGCCACGAUGAACAUUGAAGUCCGCAACAUCUCUGGCACACGUGCCACCGUCUCCUGGUCCGCAAACAUCCCCUGCCCAGAGAACUAUUACCACGUCCUGUACCGUCCCAAUUGGAACAGCGUCUUUGCGGGAUACUUCCGCCAGAACUUCCACCGUGAGGAGAGGGUUCCCCACUCCCUUAACCACCUGGUCCUCCACAGACUCACUCCCUCCACUGUCUACAUCCUGUGCAUCACCUGUAAAAACUCCUACCCCUCCAGCAACCACUGCACAACGUUCCACACCCUCAACCAGCACCCGCUGGCCUGGCGCGGCUUGAAGCAGGAAUCAGCCACCUCCAUGUGGAUGGUGAGCAGCCUACUGCUCCUCUGCUUUGCGGCCUUCUUGGUCUUUGGUUGCCUGCAGUUUUGGUCCUCAAGGUGCCGCAAAGGGUCAUGGCUGCAGCAGUACAGCGCCGACCCAGAGCGGGAAGCGGGAGAACAGACAGGCUCGCCUGAGGGGACCGGAAUGAAGGAAGAGCUGUUGGAAGUCCCCAUGACGUCUGUCCGAAUGAGUUCUAAUUUCACAACAGAGAGCCCACACAGGUCCCCCCGGCGCUUCUUUCCACUCCGAAGCAGCGAUGACAAAAGGGCCAUUUUACCUCAGCACAGGCUCAAGUGAAAUAAAAGGAGCCCCCAGUAUGGGGGAACGCAUGGCAUUUUGUCUUUCAUUUUAGUGGGGCGGCUCUCAUGCCGCAAAUGCUGACCUGACAUGCAUCAGCGCUCUCACUGCACUGCCUGAUGAUGGACAAUGGCAGCCCCGGGUGAAGUGGUUGCCAAAUUUAGAAAAAAACAAAUCAUUUUCCUUCUCUCCUGGUUUAUUGAGAAUAAAUUGAAGAAACCAGCAAAAAACCAAGCCCCCAAGAAAUUAAGGCUCAAUUCCACUGUCAAUAAACUUCACCUCAGUGGAGUGACUCCAGCUUUGCACCAGCAUAGCAGAGAUGACAGGCCUUUGGAGAGGCAUUGAGUGGAAUAAAGACAGUGGAGUUAAUUUGUUUAGAAACAGCCCUUUUGGCCUAGUGGUGGAGCACGGACAUUUGAGCAGACUUGGCUGCACCCCCGGAGAGAGUCAAUGAUCUGCAUGCUGAGAUUCAGUCACACAACAGGGCUCCGUCACGUUGAAAACACACCGUUCCUGACCCAGGCUCAUAGUGCCCUUCCAGCGGGGCAGCUCUGCCUGUCCCCAAAUCACCAUGACAACCGGCAUCCUUCAAUAGCGUUGCUGCAGGCAAGGCCAGGAGUCCAUGGACUCAGAGUUGGACCUAAACUCUAGGCCUGACCCUGCUUCCUUGGAGGUCAAAGGCAAAACUGCCCUAGACGUUAGUGGGAGAUAGCACCAGUCCUGGGCCUGUGACAGUUGCACCCUGCAGAGCAGCUGCCUGCGCUGUGCUUAGUUACCGGAGACCAAAUCCCAAGAGGUUCUUGGUACCUCAUGGCCUACACCGGCUCCUCAUUCACCUCAGCGUGCUUGGCCUGGCUUGGGGGAUUUUGGUUCUUGGGGGCACCUUUCACCAAUGGAAUCACUGAAGGGGAAAACCAAUCAGCUAUUUUGGGUGGGCUCGCGGGUGGCUCAGGACUCUAGGAAGGGCUGAUUGAGUGGUCUAGUCUAGGUCAGUAGAAGAAUCUUACAGUGCCCCAGCAUGCGUGCGAUGUCUGUGUUGGGGAGUCAUCUCACAGGGUCUUCUGACACCUUUCCCUGGUAAUAAAAUUCCCUCUUCAACCCACAUCUAUGCCUCUCCAGGCUCCUUGGUAAACCAGGCUGCCAUGUACAUCUGACUGACAGAUUGCCUGGCAGUGAAGAUAAGCAACAUCUCCACACCCCAUUAGUCCAAUAAUUCACCUUUCCAGUGACAGGGGGCCUGAUGUGGUAUCAUAUAAUGGGGGGGAGCCCUCUCACCAAGUCUUGCCACCCCAUUCUAAUUUCUGCAUCACUGGACGGGCUGUUCAGUGGCUCUGACCCAGGGUUGGUCAUCACCCCAGCGCUGUGGCUUGUGAGCUCACUCUGACACCGGCGUUUUAAGGAGGCACAAAGAACGACCCAAACAACAACACAGCACAGCCGCUCCCUCACCCAGCUUGUCAGUCUCAGCGAAGCCAGGCUGACAAGGGCGUUUCUGUUGUUCUGCUCACAAACCUUUCCUGGCCUUUCCCUGCCUGUGAAUGGUUUCGGUGUACAAGCUGCUUUCCCUCAUUGGUCGCCCCCUUCCUAAAUAAAGUCCCUUGAACUGGCCGACGUGGCU